AUGAUACAUGAUAUUGGAGAAGAAUCAUUCAAGAGAGCGCAUGUGUAUGAUACUUUAUGUAAAGACAAGGAAGAACCUUUGUACCCGGGAUGCACAAACUUUACACGGUUGUCAGCUGUGUUAAGAUUGUUUAAUUUGAAGGCGAAAAAUGGAUGGAGUGAUAAAAGUUUCACUGAUUUGCUUGGAUUGUUGAAAGAAAUGCUUCCAGAAGGUAACACAAUGCCGAAUCGUCAUUAUGAAGCCAAGAAAGUAUUGUGUCCGAUGGGCAUGGAGUAUGAAAAAAUACAUGCAUGCCCUAAUGAUUGCAUCUUAUACAGAAAAGAGUUUGAAAACUAUGAUCAUUGUCUGAAGUGCAAGGCCUCACGCUACAAAAAGAAAGAUGGUGAUUCCAAUGAUGAUGUGAGCACAAAGGGUCCUCCUGCAAAAGUGUUAUGGUACCUACCAAUAAUUUCAAGGUUCAAGAGAUUGUUCUCUAAUGCAAAUGACGCAAAGAACCUUAGAUGGCAUGCAGAAGAGAGAAUUGAUGAUGGAAAAAUUCGCCAUGUAGCUGAUUCUUUGCAAUGGAAGAAUAUUGAUGGGAAUUUUGCCAAAGAGUCGAGAAACCUUAGACUUGGACUUGCUACCGAUGGAAUGAAUCCAUAUGGUAAUCUAAGUUGUAACCAUAGUUCAUGGCCUGUUCUCUUGAUAAUUUACAACCUAUCUCCUUCGUUGUGCAUGAAGCGUAAAUAUAUGAUGUUAUCUAUGAUGAUUCCGGGCCCAAAACAACCAGGAAACGACAUAGAUGUUUAUCUAAGUCCACUGAUUGAUGAUUUAAGAUUGUUGUGGGAGCAAGGAGUUGAUUUUCUUGAUGCGUAUUCCGGUGAACAUUUCAAUAUGCGUGCCAUGUUGUUUUGCACCAUCAACGACUUUCCGGCAUAUGGUAAUUUGUCUGGUUACAGUGUUAAAGGGCAUAAAGCGUGUCCUAUUUGUGAGAAAGAUACAAGUUACCAUCAACUUAAUAAUGGAAGGAAGACUGUUUAUCUUGGGCAUCGAAAAUUCUUAGACCGUUAUCAUCCAUAUCGUAAAAUGAAGAAAGCUUUCAACGGAAAAGCAGAGCAUGGUCUUGCUCCAAAACCCUUGACUGGAGAGGAAGUUUAUCAACGACAACAACAUGUGAAUGUUGUCUUUGGAAAGAAACAAAAGAAGCCUGCUGAAAAAAAUAUAUGGAAAAAGAGGUCGGUGUUCUUUGAUCUUCCAUAUUGGUCAAGUCUUGAUGUAAGACAUUGUAUUGAUUUGAUGCAUGUAGAGAAAAAUGUUUGUGAUAGUCUCAUUGGAACACUUCUUCACAUUAAAGGAAAGACAAAAGAUGGGUUAAGUGCUCAUUUGGAUUUGGCUGAUAUGGGUAUACGACAGCAAUUAACUCCACAACAGAUAGGUAACAAGACAUAUUUGCCUCCAGCAUGUCACACUUUGUCUAAAAAAGAGAAAAUAAGUUUUUGUGAGUGUUUAGAGGGUAUCAAAGUACCGCAAGGUUACUCAUCAAAUAUCAAGAGACUUGUAUCAAUGAAAGAUCUCAAGUUAAAUGGCUUAAAAUCCCAUGACUUUCAUGUUCUGAUGCAGCAACUACUACCAGUUGCUAUUCGUGGAAUACUGCCUAUUAAAGUUAGGAAAACUAUAACUAGGCUGUGCUUAUUCUUCAAUGCAAUAUGUAGUAAAGUCAUUGAUCCAUCGAAGUUAGACGAGUUGGAAAAUGAGGCUGCAGUCAUCUUGUGUCAGUUGGAGAUGCAUUUUCCUCCUUCAUUUUUUGACAUUAUGGAACACUUGAUUGUUCAUUUGGUAAGGGAGAUUAGAUUGUGUGGUCCAGUUUGUUUAAGGUGGAUGUAUCCAGUAGAGCGGUACAUGAAGAUCCUAAAAGGAUAUACUAUGAAUCCCUACCGUCCUGAAGCUUCGAUUGUUGAAAGGUACAUUGCAGAAGAAGCUAUUGAGUUUUGUUCAAACUAUUUGUCAGAAGUGGAUGCUAUAGGGGUUCCAAAGUCUCGUCAUGAUGGAAGAUGUGAAGGUAUGGGUACGCAAGGUUUAAAUGUCAAGUGCAUGACUUGGAAGGUACUUCAUCCAGCGCAUUUGUAUAUAUUGAAUAACACCGAUGAAGUUCAACCUUACUUAGCUGCCCACUAA